UUUUGUGCCAGUUAAAAGGGUAAAACCUAUUCCUAUAUCUUGUUUCUGGCAAAGGAGGUCUCAUAAUGUAUAUGUGUAAUGUUGGGGAAAGUUGAAUUUGCUGACGCUGCUGAACCCUGCGAAAGAGUCACGCACUAGUGCAGUUUACCACAAGGUGAAGUCGUAGCAGUAAAAUUGUAAGUGCCCUUGGUUGUGGUUAAUGAAUGUGGAGUUAACUAAAAACCUCGACCUAAAAAAAAAUACGCAUCGUACUCAGGUAAUUCUUCGAAGAGAAAUGGGAUUAUAAUCUUGUCGCUUAGAGUCACGCGGUGCUUGUCAUCUAUCCAUACCUGAUUGAAGUGGCUCAAUAAGUCCUGAGUUCUAGAAGAAAGAAGAUAUUUCUGAAACAACAUGGAAAGCAAUUGCCCUGUAAAUUAACCACAAGCCAUAUCGCAGGGUAGCAAACGUCAGAAGCAUAAACAUUGUAGAGAGAAAAGGACAAUGAAAGACAAGCGGUUGAUUUCUGAAAGUAACAGUUGAAGUUGAAGAAUCUGCAAAGAAAGGAGAAUCCAAAACUAUUUAGGAUAGUCAAUAAACUCUGGUAAUUGGACAUCACAAGUUGGCUUCAUCAGAGAUCAAUAUUGGAAAAUGAUCUGGACUCAUGGAAAACUUGUCAAACUCUGGAAAGAAUACGUCAAAUCCAUUCUCAAUCAUCCGGAGCCAACAGUUGGACAUUAUUUAAGGAAACUUCUCUAUCCAGAUCUCAACAUGAGAAUAGAUGACACAACUAAAUAAUAUAUUAGAAGGAUUAGUAUUAAACUCAACAAUGGCAACGCUGCUGGCAUACAAUAUAUACACAAAAUACUGAAAGCAGAAGAUUUAUUGAGCAACUCGGUGACCACACAUGAAGCACAAUAAUGUACCUGGACCACGUGGCCAUCACGUGCUGGCUUUUAAUCCCCGUGGUCAACGUUCUCGUAUGCAGCUAUCUUCGCUAAGUUCAAUUUACAGAUGCCAAUGAAAGAUAAACUACCUCCUGUGUCAUUUUGGCAGAUGCACUGCAGGUGUUAUGAGAUUUAGUGCCAAUGUGAGGAUUUAUCUUUUGCAUGAGCAAGCAAUUGCAGGGCUGCACCUAGAAGUGUCUCUACUAGCAGCUAUUUUUGGCCUACUGUUUAAAAAUGACCUAACGUCUUGGAAGAGACGAGAGAACCCACGCUUUACCCCACCGCACGAGCGACUAACUAUAGUGUACCCAUUUAUACUCCUGGGUGAACAGAAGUUGGGAGGAAUUUAAAAAACGUGUUGAUUUUAACUUCUGGCUGGGAGAUCUAACCAGUGACCUUCGGAUUGCAGGUCCAGUGUGCUAACCGUUGCCCCAAGGCAGAAUUCAUGAGCUUAAUGUUGUGUAGAUGAGCUUAUUUUAUCAUCAAACAUACAAUACAAGCCCCUGAACCAACUCCAGUGGAUGUUCUAGAUGCAAAUGUAACUGUACCAAUUCUCUUAUUUUGAUCUCUUGAAAGUGACUCCUCGUUUUUAAAUUACAAUAUGUUGACAUCCCUGUAAUAUAUUACCUACGUGCAUGCAGUAAACAUUCUUGAGGAAUAAGAUCAUGCAAAUUUUAAGUGCAACUGUGUUGAAAACUGCCAUUAGAGGUUUAUACUGCUUGCCACACAAAAUAAUAUUCGUAAUUCUCAGUAUUUAUUAAAACCUUUUUCAGGACGUUCUGGAUUUAAAACGAUUAGCCAGUUCAAUUCAUAAGUGUUUACACAUUAAAUCUCACAGCAUGAUAUACGUUGCCCUGUUAAAUUGUUUGCUAUUUAUAUGAAUGGAUGCUUAAAGCAGCAUGUACAUUUGAGGUUUUCUAGUAUUGUGCACCACGUUUGGCUCUUCGUACAUUUAUAACUAAGUCCACUGCGACGUAAAUAUAUGAUUCCGCCACACGUGAGAAGGUGAGUGCACAUGGACACCUGCAAUAUUUAACUCGCUGGAGUAAAUGGAACACCUUUGAACCAACUAAUGAUAGUUUUUUUUAUGAAUCACAUUUACAACAGCACAGUACUUUGUAUGCAUUGUCUGUUACACAGAUGAUGAUUCAUAGACGACUUCACAGCGAUGGUCUGCCCGUCUAGGCAUGCACAGUUUUGUCAGGGUAUAAGUUUUCACAGUUUUGUGAAGAGUACUGUUGGUGGUAUAAUUGGAAGUCACAAUUUAUUAUACAACACGAAUAUAAAACAUAAUCUUGUUUUGUAUAGUGUCUGUUCACUAGACCUGUACAUUAGGUUUGCCAACUUUACUUCAAGAGAAAUUCUCGCAACAUGAGUUCCAGAAAUACACAUAGUGAAAGAGAUUUACCUGCGGGAGAUGCCGAGAUGGUGACCUGCUGGGGUAAGGUCUCUGAAUUCGAUGUAUUGUAUGCGACAUUGUGUCUUGUGGUGACUGAUGCUUGUAUUUAAUCUUUUGUAGGUUGCAAACAUUUUUUUGUAUUAUCAGAUGAUGGAAUAAUGUAUUUCUUCACCCAGAUUUUAGUUUUUUACAAGAUAUACAGAUAAAAAAUUUUAACGUAUGUGGUUUGUGCUUUAUCUGUGCUGUGUAUUAAACGUUCCUUGUCUGCAGAUAACACGUUGAGAUUCUUGAGGUCCUCAAGGUGUCUCAUUUACAUCUGUCAUGCAUUGUCAACAUGGGUGCGUUCUCUAAUAUUACAUAAAACUACUGUACAUAGGAAUAAUACAAAAGUGUUUAUUAGAUAUAAACUCGUUUUUUUCUGUAAUUAAUUGCAUGUACAGUAAUAAUAUACUGGAGGAUAUAAUUACACAAUACACUAUGUAAUCAGAUAUUUAUGUGAUGUCAGUAAUAAUUCAAUAUCCAUUAUUUAAGUUAAAUCAAUAUUAAUUAGUUGAUCUGUUAUAUCUUCAGAUUGUUUUUUCAUAAGUUUGGGAGCAUCAGCUUCAUAUAUGUAACAGUCAAAUAUAUACUGUAAUGAAACAGUUCAUCUUCUAGCCAUAUAAUAAUGCAUCGUUAUAGGGUCUUCUCAGCACGUUCCCCAGUGGUGGUGCUGGCAUAGACUAACAGCUUAGGGCCACCAGUAAGUAACUCAAUUGUCAUUGGAUUCAUGACAUAAUAGGGGUGCAUGUAUUUUUACUGGAGGAAUCCGAUGAGCUAUGAAGCUCUUUUUCACAGCUGUCCAGUAGGUUUUACAGAUGACCAGUUCACAGAUAUCUUUGUGGAACUAGAACCCCUAGAAGGCUAGCACCACCACAGAUUUUGCCAAUUGGGGGGGGGGGGGGGUGUGGCACAGAUCAUCACCAAACUCAAGUGACCGCACUGAGCAGAGCGCAUCUGCGUUGGUGGUGGUUGGUGGUGGUGCUGCAUGAAAACAGGGGGACCGCAUGUGGCACUUCGCGGUGGCUCUCUUCCUCGUGGAGCUCUACGGGAACAGCCUGCUGCUCACGGCAGCGUACGGGCUGGUGGUGGCAUUCUCUGUGCUGCUAUGCGGGGCCCUCAUUGGCCACUGGGUGGACACCAACUCCAGAAUCAAGGUGGCCCAGACAUCGCUUGUGAUACAAAACUCCUCUGUCAUUUUCUGUGGCAUCGUUUUGAUGAUGAUCUUCAUGUAUCAAAAUUACAUCUCCAACAUAUGGGAUGGCUGGCUGAUCGUCUUCUGCUACGUGGUGGUGAUCGGCACAGCAAACGUGGCCAACCUCGCGAGCACAGCCACCACGAUCACAAUCCAGCGCGACUGGGUGGUGGUGCUGGCAGAGGGUCACAGCGGACGACUGGCAGACAUGAAUGCCAUUCUGCGGCGCAUCGACCAAGUUAGCAACGUGUUGGCGCCAUUGGCGGUGGGCCAGCUGGUGUCUUUCGCCUCGUCCUCUGUGGCCUGCGCCUUCGUGGCCGUGUGGAACCUCGGCUCGAUGGCCGUCGAGUACUGGCUGCUGCGCCGUGUGUACCUCGCCGUGCCGGCCCUGGCACACAAGGCCGGCGCGGAGUGGCCCCCGGCAUCCGCACUCGAGAUGCAGCCACUGGGGGCCGACGUGACAGGAGCCCCAGCUGAAGCCAAGUCCCUCAUCGGCAAGGGCGCGGAAGAGGAGCGGCCUGCGCCCACAAGCCGCUGGCUUCACGUCACGGAGCCAUUCCGCACGCUGUGGCGUGGCUGGGUGACGUACCGCCGGCAGCCCGUGUACCUGGCCGGUGUGGGGCUAGCCUGCCUCUACAUGACGGUGCUGGGCUUCGACUGCAUCACCACGGGCUACGCGUAUACCCAGGGAAUCUCUGCCUCGCUGCUCGGCAUUCUCAUAGCACUGUCGGCGGUCGCCGGGCUCCUGGGCACGGUGGUGUUCACUCAGCUGCGUCGGGCCGUGGGGCUGGUGCGCACAGGGCUCCUGUCAGGCGUGGCCCAGCUCGCGGCCCUUUCUCUCUGCGCCGUGUCCGUCUUCGCACCCGGCAGCCCGUUCGACCUGUCGAUCUCGCCGUUCCGCUCGAUCGGGGUCGGCAUGGCGGGGGAUUCUACGGAUGCGCUCGUGCAGCGCAAUGGAAGUGACUUCGUGGCUUCCACGAUGUCGAGUCGCGUCGCGUCCAAUGCGACGUGGGAUGAUGAACCGGAUUUUGCGCCACCAGACUCCUACGUGUCCGUCGCCUUGCUCUUCACUGGAGUGAUUGCGGCUCGAAUCGGGCUGUGGUCGUUUGACCUGACGGUGACGCAGCUGCUCCAGGAGACGGUGGCGGAGCACGAGCGCGGCGUGGUGAGCGGCGUGCAGAGCUCGCUCAACUACCUGCUCGACCUGUUGCACUUCACGGCCGUGCUGCUAGCGCCCGAACCACCGGCGUUCGGUCUGCUCGUGCUGCUGUCCGUCGCCUUCGUCGUGACGGGCCACGCUCUCUUCCUGGCCUACGCUCACGGCGCGCUCGGCCCGCGGAUCUGCUCGCCACCUCGACGGCAAAGCCCCGACGGAGGGCAAGGGUCAGGAGACGGAGCAGGCAGAGGCAGUUGUUCGUCUUCAUCUGCUAUGGAUAUUGGAUGUGAUGGGGUAAAGGAAGAUGGCGCAACAGCAGAUAGUGGUGGUGGUGUUGGUGGUGAAGUACGCUCAUCGGUAGAUUCAGUAUAAACACCCACCUGCAUGUGGAUGACUUCUUGCUUUGACAUGCCGGCGCAAAAAGGAGUGUAAUUUGGUGGUACCCCCUGUGUUCUAUGCUGCAUAUUAUCUUGGCAGCACCGCAGUAGCAUGUAAAGUUAAUGUAAUAUGAUAAUACUCUUUGGAUUUUUCGGUAAAGUCACGUAGAUAGAAAAAAUAAAAGUAAAUAAAAACUACGACGUUUCGAUCACAA